AUGGUGUCGGGUCUGCUGGUUAAUCUACUGGCCGCACGCCCAGGCAUCAGCGCCAGAGCGGCGGCACAGCUGUUGAUAGACACAGCUGUGGUGGGAGAUAUAUGCGAUGCAGGGCCAAACUCACCCAACCGCAUGGCGUUUCAGGACUGCACCACACUGACGGGACAGGACAGGGCCACUGGCGAGACCUUUGUCAUCGAUACGCGGCAUUUGAGUGGGACGCUGGGGGGUGGGCCUGAGGGUGGCGGCAUUAGUACUGGCGUAUACAUUGUCUUUGGAGCGGUCAGGGCGGCUGUGAGUGCAAGGCUCGUGGUGGGGUUGGUCUGGAAGUGUGCUGGCGCAGGCGGGCGAAGGAAGUGA